GGUCGCGGCAGUACACGGCGCAUUUCCGUUCACCAACCGUCGCAGGCUGGCCUGCCGGCCUCUCUCUAUCGACGUGGCCGCAUUCGCGUUGGGAACAAGCACUUGUAUCAAAAUAUGCUCCCAUGUUUUGCGCGAAAGUGGUGUGCGACGGUUGGGGCUAGGGGCGCCAGGCGCCCGCGCAAUCACUCGAGUCAUGCGCUGAGAACUUGUCGUUCCUGUCGCAAAGGCAAUGCGCCGAGUGUUUCCUAAGGAGUACCCUCGUUGCACGGACACAUUAAGCUCUUAUUCCCGGCGACCGCGCACACGCCGAUGGGGGCCAACGAGGAAUCUGGCGGCGGUCUGGGCGUGGACAGUCUGUUUACCGCGGACCCACGAACUUUGAUCGGCCUCGUCGUGGCAGUGCUGGUCGGCGCUGUUGCCAAUGCCGCUGGUGUCGGAGGUGGGGCGCUCUUCGUGCCGCUCUUCAACGCCCUCAUCGGCUUUGCGCUCAAGCCAAGCACGGCCCUAUCUCAGGCCUGCAUAGCGGCGGGCGCUGCGUCCAGCCUGGCGCUGAACCUGUCCCGCACACACCCGGGCGACCCCGCGGCGGCACUCAUUGACUUCCCCCUUCUGGCGCUCCUGACGCCCGUACUGCUGGUCGGAGUGGGAUUCGGUGUGUUGCUCAACCACGUGCUCCCCAGUUGGCUCCUGGCCAUCCUGCUCAUCUUGUUGCUGUUCUUCCUGGUGGUCCAGGCAAUCGGCAAAGCUCGCACACUAUGGCAGAACGAGUCGGCGCUGAGGCAGGCCCGAAAGGAAGCGGCGGCCGCCGCAGCAGCAGUGCUGGCCUCGGGGCAAGAUCAGGAGACGGCCCGCCUCACCGCGGUCACGUCCUUUGGGGCAACCCUGCGGCGCCGCGGCAGCCGCGGCACGUUCCACCGACACGCCUUGGGAGCUAAUGCCGCGGCACCCAUCUCGCACAUGCCAAUUUCGCCGUACUACCAGCCCGGAGCGAGCCUGUACGGACAGCACUCCACGCCCGGACAAUCCAACUACCAGCCUCCGGCGGGCGCGGCGGCACACGCGGGUCCGAACCCGUUUGCGCACCAUGAUGCCUUUGCGGCGCUGGGCGUGAGCGGCUAUAGCGUUGCUGUGGUGGCUGGGCACCCUGCAGCUCCUGAGGGUGCGGCGGUCAACGCCGUCGGCACAUUCGCCCACCGCACCGGCCUCCCGGGCCUGCACUCCCUGCAGCCGCACCAGACCGUGCUGCCUGCUGGGGCGGUAGUAGUCGGGGCCAGUAGCAUGCUCCGCUCGCACCAUGGACAGAGCGGGUAUGGCCAGAGCGGGUACGGACAGAGCGGCUACGGCCACAGCGGGUACGGCCACAGCGGCUACGGCACUGCACACGGCAGCGGAGGCGGCGGCGCCUUCGACCUCAGCACGUACUCGCGCUUCUCGUCCCGACGCCUCGGCAACAGCCACUACCUGCAGUACAGCAACCGCCACAACCUGCCCAGCAAGGCCAACAGCACGCGGGCGCUCUCGCCGGCUGCGACAGCAGCGGCUGCGGGUGGCUUCAGCGCCGCCGUCGGGGCCUCGUCUGUGAAGGCGCAGCAGCUGCCGCUGCAGGGCAGUGGCGGCACCGUUGCUAGUGGCGGCAGCGGCGGCGGCGGCGCAGCGGGUGGUGCUGCAGGGCGCGGCGGCGGCAGGGGCGGCGGCUCCUCGAGGAUGAGCACCUUCCUGUCGCGUGCGGCGGAAUCCAUCUAUGCACUGAGCGAGCUGGGCGGUCCAGACGUGGACGAUUUGAUGCUCGCAGCGGUGCCGCCGCCGCCGCCGCCGCCGUCGCCGCCGCGGGGGCCUGCAACCGUCACCGCCCACCUUGGAACCGCCGCCGCCGCUCCUUACGGCGGCACCAUCGUUGUGACCACCAGUGCAGGCGCCGUGCUCAUGCCAAUACUGAGCUCCGCAGUGCCAGCCACGCCGAGGGACGUCGUUCUGCGCGGUUCUCGCAGCGCCGCAGCCGCCGUUGCUGCUGCUGGUACCGCCGCUGCCGCAACCACUGCUGUUGCAGCAGCCAACGGAACUGGCGGCGUGGGCGCUGCUGCCCUACAGCGCUCGGAAGAUGGCAUCGCGCCCUCGCCUACAGCCCAUGCACCCAGCAGUGGACCCAGCGCCCCUGCCGCCGCCGCCGCAUGGCAUCGCUUCCUGCCCCGCGCGCUGUCGCGCGAGGGCCGAAAUGCAGGCGGCGGCGCCGCCAGCGUGCCUGCGGCGGCAUCCCUUCCCCAUGCUCUCAGCCCGACUGCCUCCGCCGCUGGCGGUGCAGCUGCCGCCGCUCCUCGCGACCCUCAGCACAUCCAGAUUACCGUCGGCUCGGCGGCUGCGGGCGCGGUGCGCCAGCAGCCCCACACACCAGCAGCAGCAGCAGCUGCUACUACUGGCACCACAGCGCUGAUGCCGCCCCUGCCGGCGGUAGAUCCUUACGCGCGCCCCAGCGCCGCCGGAAGUGACUUCCGCCGCGUUUCAGCCGGCCUGACAGCUCUAGCAGAGGACCAGGAGGCAGACGACGCCAUCAUGGCGGUGCCGGCGCUAUUGCCGGCGGUCGCCUCAUCAGGCAUCGUCGGCAGUAGCAUACCAGCAACAAUUUCCGCCCAGCAGCAGCAAGGCCCGUUGCGCAAGCGCGGAGCCGCAAAGCUGCUGUCGCUUCUGGCGGCGCCGUUUCUCUACGUGGGCAGCGGCACACGUGACUACGCCUUGGGCUUGGCGGCAGGGCUGCGGCGCGUGCCGCGCGCGUACGGAGCGGUGGCAGUGUUCACGUGGGCUGUGUACCUGACGCUCCAGGGCCUGCGGUCGGAGCAGGCGCGAUGCAGUGCGGCCUGGUGGGCGCUGUUCGCGAUCCAGAUUGCAGCCAUGGCAGCUGUGUGUGCCGGGCUGCUGGCCGGGGCCAGCGGCUGGCGGCCGGCGUGUGUGAAGACACCGCAGCACCGACAGCAGCUGGUGGCGGUGCCUGGCAAGCAGGCAGGAGCGGAGGGCGAGGAGAAGGGACUGGUCAAGGGCGCCGUUGGGGACGGCAGCACGAAGGGAGGAGAAGAGGAUCCGGAUCCCUCGGGCGAUGACGAGAACGAAGACGGCAUCAAGGCUUUGGCGGCCAGUGCCGGUGGCGGUGUCGAUGGCGUCGGCUUGAUCGGUGGCGGCGCGGCUGUGUGCAGCAGCAGUGCCACCCCUGGCGGCCCCAGACCUGAGCACCAGGGACCAUGCAUGCAUGCGGGUGCGGAUGUGGAGGCACCGGCAGCGGCAGCGGCAGCGGCAGCGGUAAAGCCAGCAUCGCGGCCGCCAAGGCCGCCGCCGCGACCCGUCGCGGAGGCAACCGAGUCGCAGCACCUCGACAUGCACCUGUGCCAGCCACACCUGCUGGGUCACCCGCACCUGCUGGACGGCCACCCGCAGCCAGGUAGCGGCAGGGCCGAGGCUCAGCUGCUGGCAGCAGCGCCGGUGGAGGGCCAGCAGGACGGGGGCCAGGACGGGGGCCAGCAGGACGGGGGCCAGCAGGACGGGGGUGAGAAGGACUUGGCGCUACUGGACAACAACAGGGACAUCGGCGACUGCGAGGGCGGCGGCAUUGGUCACGCCAACGAUGAUGAUGAGAAAGAGGAGGAGGAGGAGGAAGAGGAGCAGGAGGAUGACGGCAUGGUGGUCAUCAGCGGUGCCGCCGCGCUGCUGCUGUCGGCGCCGCUCGUGACACUGCUGGUCACCUUCGCCGCGGGCCUCACGGGCGGCAUGCUGGGUCUGGGCGGCGGCAUGGUGAUGGGGCCGCUACUGCUGCACCUGGGCGUGCACCCGCAGGUCACUGCGGCCACCAGCGGCGCCAUGGUCCUCUUCUCCUCCUCCACCGCCCUGCUGCAAUUCGCCCUUGCCGGCGAGCUCAACGCACAGUACGCGGCCGUGUUCGCGGCGGCCUCCGCGGUGGCGGCACUGGCCGGCACAUUGGUGGUGGCGGGGCUGGUGCGGCGGAGCGGCCGGCCCUCCAUUGUGGUGCUGGCACUGGCGGGCGUGAUGGGGCUGGGGCUGGUCAGCGUGGCGGUGUUCGGACUGCAGCGAGCCGCCAAAGACCUGGGCGCCGGGGACAUCGGCUUCUCGCAGCUCUGCGCCACGUGAUGAGCAGGUGUCUGCGGGCGCCGCAGCAUGUCGUGUUCGUUUGCGCCACGUCACAUGUGUGUGCGUGUGUGUGUGCGCCUGGCAGGGGCGGGCCGCAGGCCCUGACGUGAAGCAGGCAGCAGGGGGCUCGUGGCCCUGUAUGGCGUUGGCAGCCGCCGUGCCAGGCGAGGAUGCCCGUGUGUAUUUAAUGGGUUAGGCUGGGCGGGCGUCUGGAGGCCGUGGUUUGUGGAGGGCUGCAUGCGGUGGGGGGUUGCGUGCCGCCGCCGGGCGUCGAAAAUAAGUGGCCUGUUUGUUAUGAUGUGGGCGUGCGCAGGCGCGUGCGUGCGUGCGUAAGCAUAUGAAAUGACAUAUCU